AUGUUACAAUAAUUUCUUAAAGGUAAGAAUUUUGCUUUUGAAAUUCCAAUACCAAUCUCUGUAGCUGAUGAAUAUGAAAGUAUGAAACCUACAAAUUCUAUACCUAAAAUACAACAACUAAAAUAAACACAAACAGCAACUUUAAUAAAAUUAUAAUCCUUAAAAUUACAUCCUUUAUCAAAUAAAUAAUCUACAAUUACAUUAAAUGACUUUUAAAAGAAACUUCCUUUAGAGGAAAUGAUCAAAUUACGUUUAGAGAUGAAGUUUUAAACUCCUACAUCUUUUACAGAAACAUUAAGGAGUAGAAAAUUUGCUAGUAAUUUAGAAUAAAUAAGAUUAACUCAUGAAAGGGAUGGGAUUGCUUUAAGUGUUGAACAUUAAAAAAGAGGCUUAGUUAGAUAUGCUUAAAAGUUACUUAAUUAAUAAUAGAUUACUUUCCUUUGA